AGGCAGCGACAGCAAACGACUUUAUUUAAUUUAAGAUAAGUUCUUUAUUGAUAAUUAUUCGACGAGUCGUUACCCAUUAAAGUUGUUGUUUUGAGUCCAAACAGGGUGGAAAGAUUUACAAAAGCUAAGUGAAAGAAUUUAAUUUUUGGCGUAUUGUAUUAUAUACAGUUAUAUUUGAUGUGGACCUAAAACAUGAAUAGAGAAAAAACACGUGCAGGUUUUACUUUCUACACUUUAACUCAACAAACUUUUAUCAGAGUAAUUUUCCUAUUUUGACUUUAAGCCAAGUGAGGCUUUUGUGUACUUAAUACAUGUACAAGACUGGUAAAAACAAAUAUUUAAUUAUUCGCAUCCUGUUGUGCCGCCGGGCAUAGGUGACGUCACAACUCCACAGUUUACCCCAAUCCCCCCCUUCCUAACAAAACCACCUUCUUUUCUUCUCUUUUUUUCUGCAACCUGACACGUCUGCCACGUCCAAACUUCCCGGAACGCCAGGAGGAAGCUCUGAGCAAAACCUUUUGGACGUUAAGCUGAACCUCAGAGACAUGGCAGAAGAGCACAGAUAAAACAAUGGGUUGCUCUCUCCUCCUGUUGGCCAGCACCGUGUCCGGUCUGGGAGGUCUGCUCUAUGGUUAUGAACUGGCCAUUAUCUCCGGUGGUUUGCUCCAGCUCAAGGCGCAGUUCCACCUCACCUGCGUCCAGCAGGAGGUGCUGGUCAGCUCUUUGCUGGUCGGCGCACUACUGUCCUCCCUGGUGGGAGGAACCUUGAUCGACCGCUAUGGCCGUAGAAAGUCCAUCCUCCUCAGUAACGCCCUGAUGCUGACUGGUAGCCUCAUCCAGCUAAUCAGCUCCUAUCCUGCGCUGCUGUGUGGCAGGUUCACAGUGGGCGUGUCCAUCUGUCUGUCCUCGAUGUCCUGCUGCAUAUUUGUGUCGGAGAUGGUCACCCCCGAGCGUAGGGGAUUCCUGGUAACCCUGUACGAAGCUGGGAUUACUGUGGGCAUCCUGGCAGCCUACACCAUGAACUACAUCCUGUUUGACUUGGAGAGGGGCUGGACGUGGAUGUUUGGCCUGGCUGUCGUACCAACCUUGGUUCAGCUUGUGGCUAUAUGCUUCCUUCCGUCCAACACUGGCAGAAACGAGUGCGACUUAGACCUUACCACUAACACAGAUACCCAAGAAGAAUGUGAGUCGAAGGAACAGGCGCAGUAUGAUAUCAGGUAUCUUUUCAAGCGCAAAGACAACAUGAGGAGCCGCACCGUGGUCGGGCUGGGACUGGUGCUUUUCCAGCAGUUCACAGGACAGCCCAACGUUCUCUUCUACGCCUCCACCAUCUUUCACUCAGCCGGCUUUCAGAGCGCAGACUCCGCGGUACUAGCCACUGUUGGCGUUGGUCUGGUCAAAGUGCUGGCGACGUUCAUCUCCAUGGUGUGUUCCGACAGAGUGGGAAGGAGGCCUCUGCUCAUCAGUGGAUGUUGCGUCAUGGCGUUGGGUCUCAUAACCAUUGGACUUCUUAGCGGAUAUUCAGUGAAAGACACUCAGGGGCCUUGUAACAUAGACCGCGUCAUCGACAACAGAACGGGUCAGUUCCAGUUUACCGAUGGGAACCAUACGCUUUUGAACGCACCACUGGGCGAGACCAACACAGUCCAAGAUGCCGCGGACCAAGAAACCCCAGAACCUCUGGAAUUUGCAAUGGAAAGUUCUCCUAGUGUUCAGGAAAAGGUUUUCAACUGGAUCAUUCUUGUGUGCGUAAUGGCUGUUGUUGCGGCAUACUCCAUUGGAUUUGGACCAAUGACGUGGCUUCUCCUCAGCGAGAUCUUUCCCGCCGCAGUGAGAGGACGAGCGUUCGCACUCAGCAGCUGCUUCAACUGGAGCGCUCACCUCUUGGUCACCUUCACUUUCCUGGAUGUGUUCAAUGCAGUCGGUCUGGGCGGAACGUUCCUCAUGUAUGGUGUGAUCUCGGUGGUGGCCGCCAUUUUCUUCUACUUUCUGCUGCCAGAAACCAAAGGCAAGACGCUGGACCAGAUCAACAAGGAGCUGCGCUUCAACAGCCUUCAAAGAACCGCUGUGCUGAUGCUGCUGGGCUGCUACCGUCUCAAGAUGGCCGCUUAAAAGCAGGAAGCACCAGCGUUACCACACAAUGCAGAGAAGGUAGGGUAAAGAUAUGUUGACUGGGUGAAAGAAGGAGGCACCAGUUUGACUCCAGGAUACAGAGAAGGUAGGUAAUGUGCAGGUAAAGAUAUGUUGACUGGGUGAUGGCAGGAAGCACCAGUGUGACCCGAGGAUGCAGAGCAAGUAGGUAAUGUGCGGGUGAAGAUAUGUUGAAUGGGUAAAGGCAGGAAGCACCAGCGUGACCCCACUAUGCAGAGAAGGUAGGUAAUGUGCAGGUGAAAAAAUACACAAUAUUUUUUGUCUUCAAGAAACGCAUUCAACACAUUUAGUUGAAGAAAAAUGGAGAAAAGAAUGGGAUGGUCCAAUUUUCUUGGUCACAGAUAAUCAAACGGUGUUAUGAUUUUGAUAAAAUAACCUUUUGAUUUUCUAUUUAACUCUAUGGAAAAUGACUCACAAGGACGCUGGUUAAUAUUAAAUAUGAUUAUUCAGGGUCAAAAGAUGUGUGUUUUGAAUCUGUAUGGGCCAAAUGUUGAUGCAAUUCCCUAUAAUGACAAUGUGAAAUGGAAUUAAUUCAUUUUUGUCCUCACAAUUCUACACACAAUACCUUGUUGAACAGGUAAAGGCAGGAAACACCAACAAAAGUCGGUCCCGUCCAUCGCUGCUUGCAGCUUUAAUUUCAUUUUAAAUUUCAAAAGAGUUUUGUGGCUCCCAUUGUUUUCUUUAAUUUGUGAAACGGGUCAAAAUGGCUCUUUGAGUGGUAAAGGUUGCCGACCCCGUCCCAGUCUAUGAGCCAAUUCAAAUCUAGGCUAAAAACAUAUUUUUACUCCCUGGCGUUCAAAUCCAGUUAGGGAGGAUAUCUUGGUUGUUUUUAUUUCUUCUUUUGUACAUUUUUGAUUUAUUUAUUACAUUUUAGUAUUUUAGGUGAUAUAUUCUGCACUUCUUUUAAGGUAUGUUUUACUAAUGUGUUUUAUUCGUCCUUCCGUGUUACCAUGUAAAUGUGACCCCUUUUCUAAUGUCUGUACAGCACUUUGGCCAACUGGGCUUGUCUUUAAACGUGCUAUGUAAAUAAAAAAAAGUGAACUGAACUGAAAUAUGCCAUGAAAAAGCAGGAAACGAGGCGUUACGACAACUAGUCAACUUACACUGUCAAAUAUUGCACCUUGUUUUGUUUUUUUAUCUUCUACUUGUUGAAAUGUAUAUCAUGCCUAUUUAAUAAAUGUGUGCAGAUUGUGCACUCUGAUGCACA